AUGAAGGUAUAUGUGGAUGAUAUGGUCAUAAGAAGUCGGUCGGUCGAAGAACACGUGAAAGAUUUAGAGGAAGUGUUUGUGCAAGUACGGAAGUUUCACAUGCGCUGGAACCCAUCCAAAUGCACUUUCGGAGUUCAGACUGGGAAAUUUCUAGGUUUUAUGCUAACCGCUUGGGGCAUAGAAACAAAUCAUGAUAAAUGUCGAGCGGUAUUAGAAAUGAGAAGUCUGCAAAGGUUAGUAGGGCGACUGACGGUGUUGUCCCGUUUCAUACCCCGACUAGUAGAACAUAUAAAACCCAUUAUUAAGGUGAUGAAGAAAGGUGCGCAAGUAUGUUGGGAUAAUUGCUGUGAGGUUGCUUUUGAAGAAGUUAAGAAAAUCCUCACGGAACCGCCAGUGAUGGGACAGCCAGAACCGAACCAGGAGUUACAGGUCUUUUUGGCCAUCUCUGAUGAAGCAAUUAAUGCAGCAUUGGUGCAGGAGGAGCCGGAGCUGAAGUUAGUAUAUUUUGUAAGCAGGGGUCUCAAGGAAGCUGAGAUUCGUUAUCAGCGAGUAGAGAAGGUGGCAUUAUCUUUGUUGUAUGCCGCUCGGCGUCUUAAACCGUACUUCCAAGGACAUCAAAUAGUGGUGCAGACCGACUAUCCCAUAGCAAAAGUUCUUCGAAAACCAGAUUUAGUUGGAAGGUUGGUUGGAUGGUCGAUAAAGCUUUCAGAAUUUGGCCUACGUUAUGAGCCACGAGGAUCGGUACGGGGACAACAUCUGGCAGAAUUUUCAGUAGAGUUAUUGGCAGAGGCGGACGAGUCGUUCUGCUGGAAACUCUCUAUAGAUGGUUCAUCUAACAGGCAAGGGAGGGGCACUGGGGUCGUUUUGGAGGGACCGAACGAGUUGAUGAUCGAGCAGUCUUUAAUCUUCAAGUUCAAAAUUAGUAAUAAUCAAACUGAGUAUGAGGCACUACUGGCUGGGUUAGAGUUGGCACGAGAUCUAGGUGCAGAAUACUUAGAUUACAGGAAAGAUUCCCAAUUGGUCAAACGGCAUAUGCGUGGUACGUUCCAGAUCAAGGACGGUCAGCUGCUGCAAUAUUUUCACAAAGCUAAGCAACUGGAGACAUGUUUCAGGUCUAUUGAAAUAAAACAUGUACCUCGAAAGAAGAAUUCCCGAGCGGAUAUGUUGUCGAAGUUGGCUACUGGAAAGGAGAAGGGACACUUGUCUUCGGUAAUAAGGCAAGUAUUGGAAAAACCGACAGUAGAAUGCUUCAAUGUGAGAAGUUUGGGAGGGCAAACGAGCUGGAAGGAAGAGAUAAUCCGAUUGAUCAAGGAGCCGGACGAGGGGGGAAGUCUUCAAAUUGAGGAUGUAAAGAAAAUUGCCAGGUAUUGUAUGGUGGGAGACGAUCUAUACCGAUGUGGGUACACUACGCCUUUAUUGAAGUGUUUGGAUGAAGAGGAGGCUAAGUAUGUCAUGAGGGAGUUACAUGAGGGCAUAUGUGGAAGGCAUACGGGGGGACGAGCACUUAGGGCAAGGAUCCUCCGAGCGGGAUAUUUCUGGAUAACAUUAGAGAAGGACUGUAUGACUUUCACUCAAAAGUUUUUGGCCUGUCAGAAACAUGGGAAUGUCUUUCAUGCUCCGGCUGCUGAAUUGAAUCAUAUUAUGUUCCCUUGGUCGUUCGCUCAAUGGUGA